CUUCUAACUUCCGCAGUCUUGCCGCUGGUUUUAAUUAAUAUUAUUAAUAUUUGACUGGUUUCUCCUGAAAAGCAGCAUGAGCGAAUUUCCGGAGGAGGUUCUGGCGGAGGACUCCCGGGGCCUCCUGACGUUCGAGGGCUCCGCCCCGGAGGACGUGUCCCACGCCCGGCAGCUGUGGAGCUCCACGCGCCUGCAGCCGCCGCUGGAGCCCCGCCUGGUGUUGGUGGAGCCCUGCCAGAGGCUGGCGGUGGCCCCCGGGGGCCCCGCCGCCAGUGGUGCCCCCUGGAGUCCUGCCGGGGGUCCCGCCAGGGGUCCCGUCUGGGAUCCCGCCUGGGAUCCCGCCAUGGGCCCCGCCGCGGGCCCCGCGGGGCCCCAGCACGAGCGGCACCGGUACCAGGCCCUGGCGGAGCAGAGGAGGGAGACCUUGGCCCGGCUGGAGAGGAGCCGGCAGCGGCGGGUCCAGCAGGAGCUGCUGUCCGACGGGCUCCGACACAAACCCCAGGUUCGCCACCCGGAUGAAAACUCUGAAGAGGAAAAGGAGCUGGUCAGACGCCUCCAGUAGCUAAUCGAUUAAAAAAAAAAUACAGAAUACAUUUGUACUGCUAAAUGUUUAUUUUUCACAUGGACGUGUUUUUGUUUCCACUUAUCAGAAAUGUUGUAUUUAAAUAACUGCGAUGCUUCUGGCAGGGGCGCCUCCAAAAAUGUUUCCUAGGGGGGGCCAGAGGGGGCCACUUAAAUUCUUGGGGUGGAACCAAAACUAAAAGCCAUCAUUACAGGACUUUAUUAUACUGUUGUAGU